GUACUAAUAUUGCUAGACAUGGAAAAGCAACUCAGUCCUCCGUGGGGUGGAAUGGCCCCCCUGAAAAUGCAAUUGAUGGAAAUCGUGCAAGCAUCUAUGAACAAGGAUCCUGUACUCACACACAAGGACAAACAAAUCCAUGGUGGAGACUGGACCUCCUGAGAACAUAUAAGAUUAACACUGUCACCAUCACCAACAGAGGAGAUUGUUGCCAUGAUCGGCUUAAUGGUGCUGAGAUCCGCAUUGGAAACUCCCUCAAUGACAAUGGCAAUGCUAAUCCCAGGUGUGCCUCUAUUAAUUCUAUCCCAGCUGGGACCUCACAAACUUUUGUGUGUAAUGAAAUGGAGGGCCAGUAUGUGAACAUUGUGAUUCCUGGAAGAACAGAAUAUCUGACACUGUGUGAGGUGGAAGUCACUGGUCAGCCUUCAGGAAACACUGCUCCAACUGGUGCUAAUAUUGCUAGAGGUGGAAGAGUGACUCAGUCCUCCGCGGGGUGGAAUGGCCCCCCUGAAAAUGCAAUUGAUGGAAAUCGUGCAAGCAUCUAUGAACAAGGAUCCUGUACUCACACACAAGGACAAACAAAUCCAUGGUGGAGACUGGACCUCCUGGGAACAUAUAAGAUUAACACUGUCACCAUCACCAACAGAGGAGAUUGUUGCCAUGAUCGGCUCAAUGGUGCUGAGAUCCGCGUUGGAAACUCCCUCAAUGACAAUGCUGGGACCUCCAAAACCUUUGCAUGUGAUCUCAUAGAAGGCCAAUAUGUGAACAUUGUGAUUCCUGGAAGAAAAGAAUACUUGACACUGUGUGAGGUGGAAGUCACUGGGAUAGAAUUAGAUGAUUCCUUUGAACAUCCUUAUGGCUGA